AUCUCAGCAAGGCAGUGUGGGAGCCAGGAAGAGAGACGGCGUUUGACGCAACUCAAUGGGGGCUGGAGGCUCAUCUGAAAACACUGUGAGACCUUCGGCCGAGACUGAGCCAACCCUCGCAUCACAGGUCCACAAUCUCCAAGAACUACGGCGCAGUGCUUCAUUGGCCACCAAGGUCUUUGUGCAGCGGGACUACAGUGAUGGCACCAUCUGUCAGUUCCAGACCAAAUUUCCUCCUGAGCUGGACAGCCGGAUUGAGCGGCAACUUUUCGAGGAGACAGUGAAGACCCUCAACAACUUCUAUGCAGAGGCUGAGAAAAUUGGGGGCAGCUCCUAUCUGGAGGGAUGUCUGGCUUGUGCCACAGCCUAUUUCAUCUUCCUUUGCAUGGAGACCCACUAUGAGAAGGUUCUGAAGAAGAUCUCCAAGUACAUCCAGGAGCAGAAUGAGAAAAUCUAUGCUCCACGAGGGCUAUUGCUGACUGACCCAGUGGAAAGGGGCAUGCGGGUUAUCGAGAUCUCCAUCUACGAAGAUCGUUGCAGCAGUUCCAGCUCAGGCAGCUCUACCAGCACCCCCAGCAGCGCUGGGGGUGGCGGCGGGGGAGCCGGUGGUCGGUGACUGGCACAGAGUCCCGGCAGGGACUUGUACUGCCGGGACGACGGUGUCUCCGAGAUCCGCAGGCUGCGCUAUCAGAGCACCCGCUUCUGAGCUCCCCCAGGGGGGUUGGGACGCCAGCGGGGAGUGUUGCGACGCCCCUGGGGUUUGCAACAACCAGCGAGGGCAAUGUCCUCCUUAGGGGAUGCUUGGCCUGGCCCUGGCCCCAAAGGAGAGAGAUCCCUCCCUGUGGCUGAGGCCUGGAGACCCUGGGCCACUGAUACUUCCUGUGGACUCCUGGGGAUGCUGGGGACAACCCCUCCCCCAGAUGCCCAGAUGUGUCAUUACCUUUGACGUCCUGAGCUGUAGGUGCAUCAUCCUGAUUGACUAUGCCCCUCUUUCUAAUGGUGAAAGGACCAGCAGAGAAAGAUCAGGCCAGGAUGGGGAGGUGGGCUGGGCUGGGCUGAGAGGAGUUGUGUGUUCGAGACCCUGUUGCAGUCCUUUCCCUGAUCUCCAUCAUUCAGUUGCCUCCUCAGUUGGCAGCUGACAUGCCUUCCCAGCACCUAUCUUUGCCUGCCGCUCUGCAUGCCACGCUCUCUGGGCACGUGAGGCAUGUCCAUAGUGCUGUGUGUGUGUGUGGGUGGGUGCUCCUUGCAGGCACCUGCACCCUCUCCUAUACCUAUAGUGUGGGUGCCUGUCCUGGCAAAGGCCUGCCAGUAUGGCUUCUUUGCUUGGGCACACUAAGGAACUUGCCCUUUGCUCUGGUUCCUUUCAGGGCAUCAGAAGGGCAAGGGGAUCCUAUGGAGCCAGGGGGGGGGGCGGUA